UCUCUCUCUCUCUCUCUCUCUCUCUCUCUCUCUCUACUCAGCAUAGUGGUAGGGAUUUUCCCUGAUUUGCAUUCUUAACGCACAUUUCCUGUAAGAACCGAAAGCAGGAAGCACUUCCGCGUGCGUCGUACAGGUGACACUUACACACACACCUGAGACAGUUUGAUCGUAAGAGAAUAAUCCUCCGGAUGAUGGCAUCGUGUUCAGAAGCGUCCUGUCCUCAUCUCAGCCUCCCGGUCGAGAUGGACGAGUUGAUGACAUCAUCAUCGCUGAACUUGGCCUGGCCGGUGUGUCAGAAGUGUUCGGUGCAUGUUGAUGACAUCACACCCCCCAGCAAUAACGUCAAGCUUAAUGACAGACCAGAGCUCGAAUACCGAGGUUUUGAAUCGGGGUCAAAGCUCAACAGGGCUGCACUUCCAGAACUAGCUGAGGCGCGCGUGCGUGUCCAGUGUCCACCAUCUGGUGCGGCCCGGCUUUCCCUCGAGCUGCACGAGAACGACUCGGCCAUGUUCUCUGAAGCAGGUUACGGAGUAAAGUGUCGCUGGAAUGUCCCAAGUGAGGAUGAGGAGAGUCUGGAGCAGCCUCUUCCUCUCCGCUCCGAUGUGGCAGAGAGUCAGCCCCGAAUCGCUCAGCCUGGACCCGCAUGCUCACCUCUCUAUGCUGUAGAUCCUAAAUGUCCCAGAUGUCUGCCUCCACCUGCACACAUGCUAACACCACACAUAGACCAGCGGAACAUACAAGCCAGACUGGCACCCCUCAGACCUGUGGUUCCCAUGGCAAAGCCCCAGGCCACCACCCCUGUGAGAGACACACCUGAUUUGAUGUCGGAGGUGUGCGUUCUUCCCUCUGAGCCAAUUAGGACAGGCCAUUUCCUGGCACAGGAGGUGAGGCGCACCAUCAGUCUCCCGGACGACUGCCGCACCGUGUUCAUCACAUAUUCAGUGGAUGUAGCUGAGGAGAUCUUUCCCUUCGUGACCUUCUUAAUCAAUCAAGGGUUCAGACCUGCUAUUGAUAUUUUUGAUAACGCUGUGAGGCAGAUGAAUGUGAAUAAGUGGAUGGACAGCUACUUAAAAGACAAAUCGGUUCUGAUCAUCAUGGUCAUCAGUCCAAAAUACAAGAUGGACAUCGAGGGGGACGGCUCAGACCAACACGGCCUGCACACUAAAUACAUCCACAGUCAGCUGCAGAAUGAGUUUAUCCAGCAGCGCUGUCUGAACUUCAGACUCAUCCCUGUUCUCUUCCCCAGCGCUAACCAGAGUCAUGUCCCCUUGUGGUUACAGAGCACACGUGUGUUUCGGUGGCCUCACGAUGCUCAUGAUCUUCUACUGCGUCUGCUGAGAGAGGAGAGAUACAUCGCUCCACCACUGGGCCGAGACCUCACUGUCAGCAUCAGACCACUCUGAUACACACACACACUUUACUGUUAAAACGUAAUGUUAUGUGUAAGGUAUAAAAAUGGAUACGAACUAACACACACUAAAAAAAAUGUAAAUAAAUUGGAGAGAUAGACGAACACACUAUGGGAGAAGAUUUAGGAAAUAUUUAAAAGCACACACACACACUUCAUAUUGUCUCGAACUCUCUCCUCUAUUUGUGAGGUUUAAAUGUUAUUCUUGUGUAAUGUUCCCAGUAUCAGCUCAGUGUAAUGUCUUGGGGUUUUCACCGAGAGGUGAAGAGAAUGGAACAGCUCUGACUUUUCAAAUAAAAAUAAAUAAACAUUCUUUUUCAGGAAACUCUCAAACUCACACACCAGUGUCUGGGUCUGAGUGAACUCCGGGUUUCCUCCCAAAAACAUGCCAGUGUGGGUGAUUAAUCACUCUAAGUGU